GUCUUCUUGUGGAUUUUGGUUGGAUUGAAGCACCGUGUCAAGCUGCAGGGUGAUUGACAUGUUUCCGGUGGUGGUGGUCCACGGAGGGGCGGGUCAUAUCCCCAAGGAGAGGUCAGAAAAGUCCACGGAGGGAGUGUGCCUGGCAGCCCGAGCAGGGUACACCAUCCUCCGGGGAGGAGGCAGCAGCAUGGACGCUGUGGUGGAGGCUGUGAGCCAGCUGGAGAACAACCCCUCCUUCAACGCAGGGUGCGGGUCGGUGCUGAACAUCAAAGGAGAGGUGGAGAUGGACGCCAUUGUGAUGGAUGGGAAAACACUGGGCAGUGGUGCCGUGUCUGCUGUACGCAACAUAGCCAACCCCAUCCAGCUAGCAAGGCUGGUUAUGGACAAGACGAGUCAUGCAUGUCUGACGGCAGAGGGGGCCAAUCGGUUCGCCCGGUCCAUGGGUGUCCCCGAGGUGCCACCCGAGUCCCUCAUCACUGAGUACUCCCGCAUGCGUUGGACAAAGAACCUGGCAGCGGACGCCAACCCCGUGGAGUGCCAAAUGGGGAAGACGGGCACGGUCGGAGCAGUGGCAGUCGACAGCGAGGGCAACAUAGCCUGUGCCACCUCCACCGGUGGGAUGCUGAACAAGAUGGAGGGACGGGUGGGGGACACGCCCUGCAUAGGGAGUGGAGGUUAUGCUGACAACCAGGUGGGAGCAGUGUCAACUACAGGCCACGGAGAAACCAUCAUGAAGGUCACUCUAGCCAGACUCAUCCUGUUCUACAUGGAGCAAGGUCAGUCGGCGGAGGCUGCCAGUGAUGCAGGCCUGGCCUACAUGAAGUCCAGAGUAGGCGGGCUGGGUGGGGUGGUGACUGUGGACCCUCAGGGCCACUGGGCCGCUCGCUUCUCCAGCCUGCAGAUGUCCUGGGCUGCAGCCCAGAAAGACACCCUGCACUACGGCCUGUACACCGGGGAACACUUCACUCAGAGCAUCGAUGAGCCUCUCUGACAGCAGACACAACACUUCUGUUUAUAGGAUUCAAUGAAUCAACAAUAUUAAUACUAAUGGUUCUGAUGGACAAUUGAUUUUUAGUAUUGAUUAAUAUUACCAAUAUGUCCUUAUCUUGUUGAUUGUGUGAUAGACCUUAGUAAAGAAACAUGAAGUAACCUCCAGCACACAGGCAGUUUAUGAUUUCUCUGUUGAAUAAUCCAUCAUCAAACAACCUGCAUGAUAUCAGACACAAACUGUCUAUAGACCAAAAGUUGCUUGUAUAGCAACUUUAAAGUUGUAAUCUCUAAAUUAUCUUUAGCAUACGUCUCAAGAUCACUUUAGACCACUGCAACCAAGUAGAAUUUAUGAAGUCCUCUUGACCAUUAAUUCUUCCUUUAAUUUGUUGAAAUUUCCCCAACAUCAUUCUUCAUAACUCCCCUACCUGGACAACAAAGACAAGAAAUGAAAUCGUAUGUUAUGAAAACAUUGCCAAAAAUCUUAGCCCUAUUUUCUUUUAUAUCUAAGGUUUUGAGGACAUUUGAUAGAUGAUUGAAUAAAUAUCACAUUAUUAUAUCUUAGAUUUUUAAAC